AGCAGAGGGGGCGCCACGCGGCGGGAGAGGAGGCCAUGGACGCGCGCGUCGGGGCGCUGCUUCUGGCGCAGCUGCUGGUGCGAGCGGAGCUCGGGGCGCAGGAGUUGGAGGAAGAGGACCAGUUGUUUGCAGGGCCCUGCGGCCAACGAACCGUUCCGACGCGCAUCGUGGGCGGAAAGGACUCGGAGCUGGGGCGCUGGCCGUGGCAGGGCAGCCUGCGCCUGUGGGGCUCCCACCGCUGCGGAGCGAGUCUGCUCAACCGCCGCUGGGUGCUCACGGCCGCGCACUGCUUUGAAGACCACAGUGAUCCGUUCGAGUGGUCCGUCCAGUUCGGCGAGCUGUCUUCCUCACCGUCUAUCUGGAACCUGCAGGCCUACUACAACCGGUACAAUGUGGAAGAGAUCAUUCUGAGCCCUCUGUAUCUGGGGGCUUCGUCCUAUGACAUCGCCCUGCUGAAGCUGUCCUCCUCCGUCACCUACAAUAAGUACAUCCAGCCCAUCUGUGUUCUGACCUCCUCCUCUGAGUUCCAGAACCGGACCGACUGCUGGGUGACUGGCUGGGGGGACAUCGAAGAAGAACAGGAGCUGCCGUCCCCCUACGUCCUGCAGGAAGUGCAGGUCGGCAUCAUAAACAGUGCCAUCUGUAACUACCUCUACGCGCAGCCUGUUUUCCGCUAUGACAUAUGGGGAGACAUGAUCUGUGCCGGCACUAUGCAAGGUGGCAAGGACGCCUGCUUUGGUGACUCAGGCGGACCCUUGGCCUGCGAAAAGAAAGGGCUGUGGAUUCAGGUUGGAAUCGUGAGCUGGGGGUCGGGCUGCGGGAGACCCAACCGGCCUGGAGUCUACACCAACGUCAGUAGGCACUUCAAAUGGAUGCAGAAGCUGUUGGCUCACAGUGGAGCUCCCAGGCCAGCCCCGCCCCUGCAGCUGCUGCUCCUGGCUCUGCUCAUGCUGGCCUCCCCCCUGCAGAUGGCCUGA